GUCAUUUCCGGGUGGGAGGAGCUAGACAGGUAGCUGAAUCAGGCACAGGAAGAAAACAACAAGCCGUAGCCGGGUCUUGUUGUUAAAAUAUGCUGCUGUCAUAAUUUAGCUUCUCUUUCGAAACUUUGCGGCAACAGCUCCCGGGAGACUACCAUGGUGCCUACAGACUUUAAAGCCUUGAUCCAGCGCUUUUAUGUGCUUCAGUCAGAGCGAGUAGAGACUUACAGGCUCUUUGAGGAAGGACACGAGGCCUACUUGAGGACAGGGCCCCAGUAUGACUUUGAGCACUACAGGCAGCUGGUCCAUGAGAUAACACAGGCCUUCUGCGGCAUCUCCAAAGAGGUGCUGGAGAUCAAGGAGCGGCUGCACCAGGACUUCGACAGGCCAGACCUCUCUGAGCACAUCGAAAAGCUGCAGAGCAAGGAGAAGCAGAAGCUCGAACUGACAGCCAAGCUGCAGCUGGCCAGGCAGCGGGCCCAGGAUCACCCGGAGGACGAAGGCUGUCAAGAGAAGAUUCAGGAGAUCAGGCAGGACAUCAUCAAGAACAAAGAGGCUCUGAGUGAGAUCAUGCAGGACUUUAAGUAUGACUCCGAGGAGUGUGAUUGACGUGUGAAUCCCAGGAGGUGAGCCGCCGCCCGCUCACAUCGUCAGAUAGGCACUGAUAGAUUGACUUCCUUCUGCUGCAACUUCCAUCCAGGACUCAUCAGCUGCACUUAUCGAUCCUCCUCUGGCUCCGCCCUGCUCGCUGCUGCAGUCUCUUGUUACCCAGGGGGCUUUUCAGAUGCAGGCUGCGUGUGUGUGUGUGUGUGUGUGCGCGCGCACGUACCUGUUUGUGUAUUUAUGUCUGUGUCCCUGUGUGUGUAUAAAUGCAUCCCUCAGCAAAAAGGAGACAGAAAAAAAAGAUAAAAGGGUGAGAAAAUCUGUAAAGUAUUUCUGUAAAUAAUGUAUCCAAAAAGGCUUGCUCGGGUCUUUUGUAUACUGAAUAAGUGCUGUGUAUUUAUUUUGUUUUAUUUUUAAAUAAUAAAGGCACAUUCCAAGACAA